UGGUAGCGCGUUUUCAGUUCUACCCGCGCUUUCGCAACGAUGAGGUCGCGCUUUUCUGAAAUCUUCGAUCGGAAAACGGGGUGCAUAUUGUGAUGAAAACUUGCGUCUGGUGUUCGGUGGGAUUUUAUAAGUGGAAUAGAUGAAAGUCGAUCAAUCUACUUACGGCGGAUUGAAGGGAUAGGUCACUGAUUGAGUGGUGGUGAACGAUUUGGUCCCAACGAUAGUCAACCGUAGCUUGUAUUAUAAUGAGUUUAUUGGUGCGACUGUUAUUGAUUCUAUCGUUGCUAACAGAGAUUUGCUGUUUAUUUUCUGGAGGUGUCUUUGAUCUCAACUUUUUCAAGUGUAUGUGGCGAAAGGAUUACGAUUGUCCCCAUGAGGAUAUACGAUUUUUUCUUUACACAACCUCCAACAGACGAGGCAGACUGAUCGAUAUGAAUUAUCCAAAGACGAUGUUCAAGACCGGCUUUAAACCGCAUCGCGAAACGGCUAUCAUCAUCCAUGGCUUCAACGGGACGCAAACGAGCCGACACAUUAUGUUCCUAAAGGACGCUUACCUUUCUCGCAAGUUCAACGUAUUCGCCGUGGAUUGGGAGAGAAUCUCGCGAUAUCCAUGCUACUUAUCGUCGCUGUCCAACACGAAGCUAGUCUCUCAAUGUACAGCGCAGCUGUACUCUUUGCUUACCCUCACCGGGAGCCGCAGCAAACAGAUCACAUGCGUGGGUCACUCACUUGGUGCGCACAUCUGCGGCAUGAUGUCCACCCAUUUGACAAAGCGCCAACAUAAAAUCAUAGGCCUAGACCCUGCGAGGCCGCUGAUAGAGCAACACGCAUCGGAUCAGUUUCGCCUGACGAGGGACGACGCCAAUGUGGUACAAGUAAUCCAUACCAAUGCUGGCUUCUUUGGUCAGGGUUCUUUCGGCGGCACGGUAGACUUCUGCAUAAACGGUGGCCAGAAGCAGCCGUUUUGUGACGAAAAUACUAUAAGAUUGGAACAAGCGCGAUGUAGUCACUUUCUGAGUGUGUGCUUUCUGGGCAAUGCAAUUCUUUCCCGCAAACGGAUGAUGGCGUUUCGUUGUCCAUCGGGAUGUGUGAAAAGUAACCGACCACCGUAUCUCCCGGUGCGUUAUUCUGGCAGAAUUCGAGGGAGGAUGAAGUAUUUCCACAUUGGACAAGAUACUCCAGAGGACCUUACUGGUGGCUACUGUAUCCCACAGGAACGGGUGAGAAACUGUCCGUUGGACUGAAUCGAGGCUGGUUACCCGAAAGUAGAAGUGUGUACAAAUGUGAUAUAGUUAUGAGUAAUGAUUUUUGUAAAGUUGCAAUUAAGUAAAUAAAAAAAAAAAUAUU